CUCAACGUCGAUUUUUUUUAUAGCCGUUAUUGCUUUGAAGAUCCUAUAAGUCUCGCGGCCCGCCUUCGGCGGGCCCCGGUAUGUUGGUCUUCUUACGGUGUCCGCCCUUCUAGAUCCUGCCUCUUGUUAGCAUAUGCUCAGAUUUCAUGCUUGUCGCCCCAUUGGCGCAGCUAGAAGCCUGCUUUACUCUAGGAACUUGCACGAUAUGCGAAUUGGACCCACCACGUCGCAUAGCGCCGGCCGAGCGAUGUAUCCGCUCCCACGAGACCCGAAGCUAUAAAGUGAACCCGCCCUCGCGCUCUUCCGCCGCUCUCCCUUGUUCAGCACCCCUCCAGGACACUGUCGAGGCUGGGAAUCUGACAAUCACCCCUCCCCAUCACCAUGAAGGCUGGCACUGCUCUCGUCAUGGGCCUUCUGGCCCUGGGCGCCCACGCCUCCGAGACUCUCACUCCUGAGAAGGCUGUGGCCGACAUCAAGACCCAGGAGCUCCAGCGCAACCUGUGGAACUUUAACAAGAUCGCCCGUGAGAAUGGCGGCAAUCGUGCCUUCGGUCUGCCUGGCUACGAUGCCUCGGCCGAUUACAUUCUCGAGCGUGCUGAGAAGCGCUUCGCCACUACCGUUAACGUCCACAAGCAGUACUUCAACCACACCUUUACCCUUGUCAGGGACAUCUCCGUGACUGGCCCCGAGGGUGAGAAGGUCGAUGUAAUCGCUCUCAUCUAUAACCCUGCCACCCCGGGUGAUGAUGGAAUCACCGCGCCCCUCAUCGACACCCCCGUCGAUGACGCCCGUGGAUCCAUGUGCUUUGAGGACCAGUGGGCGGGCAUCGACGCCACCAACAAGCUCGCCCUCGUCAAGCGUGGCACCUGCGCCAUCGCCGACAAGCUCAAGCUCGCCGCUGCCCACGGCGCUGCCGGCGUCAUCCUCUACCACAACGCCCCCGGCGCCAUCCCUGGCGCCACCCUCGGUGCCGCGAACAUUGGCCUGCUGCCUCCCGUCGGCACGAUCUCUCUGGCCGUCGGCGAGGCCUGGUCCGCUCGCCUUGCUGCCGGCGAGGAGCUUGUCGUCAGGCUCUACGUCGAUGCCGUCUACGAGAGCCGCGAGACCUAUAACAUCAUCGCCGAGACUAAGGAGGGAGACCCAAACAAUGUCAUCAUCCUCGGCGCCCAUCUCGACUCUGUCCAGGCCGGCGCCGGCAUCAACGAUGACGGCUCUGGCUCUUCAGCCCUGCUCGAGAUCCUGGGCUCCUUCAAGAAGUACAAGGGCUUCAAGAACAAGGUUCGCUUCAUAUGGUGGGGCGCUGAGGAGUCCGGCCUCAUCGGUUCGCUCUACUAUACCCGCACCCUAUCCGAGGAGGAGCGCGACAAGAUACGUUUCUACUUCAACUACGACAUGAUCGGCUCUAUCAACCCAAAGUUCGACGUCUACCAGGGCGACAACGCCGGCGACGCCUACGGCGCCGACCUCCUCGAGGAGUACCUGCUCGAGCAUGGCUUCCCUGCCCAGCGCGCCCCCUUCGGUAGCGGCUCUGACUACGUCGGCUUCAUCCAGAUAGGCGUGCCUUCCUCCGGUCUGCACACCGGCACUACCCCCUACGACCCCUGCUACCACCUCGCCUGCGACAAUAUCGACAACAUCAGCUGGGAGGCCCUCACCAUCAACACCAAGGCCGCCGCGCGCGCCGCCGCCAUCUUCGCCAAUGACCUGUCCGGCGUCCCCCCCCGCACCAAGACGACUCCCGCCAAGCGCAGCGUCCAGGCUAUCCGCCGCGAGUUCGAGCGCUGGGCCACCAUUGCCGAGGAGUCUGACCACGCCCAAUCCUGUGCCCACGGCAAGCAGGAGGUCGUCUAAGCCCUCUCUGCUUAGUGCGAUUGUAAUUACUAUUAAGAGUUGUAGAUAAUAUCUAUAUGACGAGACUAAUUGAUGAUAAUCGUCAACAGGGUAUGCCGAAGGUAGUGGGUGCUGAUGCGUGAUAACUGCCUCUGAGAGCCUUUGACACUAAACUCCUUUGAAAGAAGAGGCUGGCAGAGUAUAAGGACUGGUAAAUCAACUGUACUGAGCUCAUUACUUGUACAUACAUCUAUGCAGAGUACAUAAGAAACCCGGGCCGGAGGCCACUAUUUCGGAGCCGACAUCCAAGCCACCCGUAGCUUUGGCGCCGCCGUGGCUAAGCGGGUGCUCGCCGUCCCGUGGAGCUCCCUCGCCAUACAUCCGUACAACCGGAGACCAUGACCAGGACGAGCAAGCACCCAACUAUAAGCCUACUCGCUACCCCCUCAGGGUCGGCCAUAGCGCAGAUGCUACCCGGCUUUAACAUCUAAGCUAGAGCACCGCUCCACGAGCCACCCCUUCGCGAGCCAUCCUUGUAUAUAUGUAUUGAUAAAUAAACGGCUUUUGCCCGGAAGAAUUAGAUAACUUUUUUCUAGGUUAAUGAAUUAAUAAUAAAAAGAGUGUUACGGUUUCAAGAGCUGUUCGCUAGGUGAAAGGGUGUAAAUUAAAGGAAUAAAG